CAUGGCGAUCCCUGGAGCCCGAAUGUCCAGCCUGAUCUUCAGGAGAGAGAUGGCAAGUGAAGCUCAUGGAGAAGGAGCCAGAGCUGCCCGUACGUGGAAGAUUCUGUCCUUUGUGGUGGCCCUGCCUGGGGUAGCGGUCUGUAUGCUCAAUGCUUGGCUGAAUAAAGAAAACCACCCACAGGAGCGCCCAAAGUUUCUGGCUUACGAUCAUCUGCGCAUUCGCACCAAGCGCUUCCCAUGGGGUGACGGCAACCACAGUUUCUUCCACAACCCUCACACCAACGCUCUCCCAGCAGGAUACGAAGAGCCCAGGCACUGAAUCCAUCCAGCAGAAGAGUUUCUCAGUGUUUUAUGAUGUCUUCUAUCAACAGACACUUGUGCAGUUCCGUUACUUACCCCUGGAAUGUGUAUACUCUAGUCACAUGCAGGAUAAAUAUUCAUUCAUUAAGUCAAUAGGAAUGUGACACAUUCAAUGAACCCUUUGCAAAUGGCUACAUAUUGAACUAAAAAUAAAGUGUAUCUUUGAUG